UCUCCGGAGCAGACCAGGCCCGAGGCUGGGCUGGAUCUGGCUGCCAUGUUCUCCCUGCCGUCCCUCCCCUCCUGGCUCCCGGGCCUCUCCUCCCUCGAGUGGGGCUCCGGCCUCCUCCUCGACUCUGUUCUGAAAGGCCUCAUCGGGGCCUGCGGAGUCUCCGUCCUGAACAGCCUCCUGAAGGUUUACUUCUUCGUGGGCUGUGCCAACAACCCGGAAUGGCGGCUGGAAAAGGAGCGGCUGCAGGCCCGGUGGGCCUUGCUGGAGUCCGUGCACCUGCCCGGGCUGGCCCUGAUCCUGACCCUCGUGGGGCCCCGGGUGGCCUCCCUGGUGGUGCUGGAGUUCUCCCUCAGGGCUGUCUCCACGCUGCUGUCCCUGGACAAGGUGAGGCCGGGAGGUGGUGGGUGCGCACUGCUGGCCCCGCAGGCUAGAUCGUUGGAGUGCAUCAUCCCAUGACCCUCACAAGCACAGGGGGAAACUGAGGCUCA